AAUUAAUACUUUUUCUUAAAAGUAAAAAGAUUAAAACAGAAAUUUAGUUUGUUUGAGGUUGAACGAAUAAUACAAAAUAAUAUAGAAAUGAGAUAGUUUGUCUCUGAAAUACAAAAAGGGAAUUAUAAACAAAAUAUAGAUUCGUUAGAUAAAAGCUAUUAUAAACCGCAAAUCUAAAAUGAAUAAAUUCUGCAUUCGAAAGUGGCUAGAUUCCUUGUACUCAAUCCUUCUAACUACCCUUACGGUAAAAUAAAUAAUGGGAAAAUAUAGUUAAAAUAAGAUGAAGAUCCGUGGAUCAGCAUAAGACCAUAAACAACUGAUUAAAAUUCGAGAAAAAACUACUAUCAAGAGCUUUAAUCAAUCACAAAGCAAAGCAAUCAAAUUUCAGUAAAAAUGAGGAGUAAAAGUCUAAAUCAAGCCAAAUAAAUAAAUCUAGAAAGUCUUACAAAGCAAAAAUAAAAGCAGGGUAAUCAAAAAUAGCCUCAAGAAAAAAUCUUAGUUUCAGAAUCUUCUGUUUACCCCUAAAUAUUUUUUUCAAAGACAAAGCUAAGACACCUUUUGAAAUAAGUUGAGUUCCCAUAAAAUGCUAAAGUGCUUGACAGCGAUGAUGCUAGAAUAUAAGUUAUAUUUUAAAUAAUAUCUAAGAUAUUCAAUGAAAUACCACUGUUUAUUUUUAAUCUGAUUAUUUGCUAAAGAUAGAACACAAAUAAUUUUGUUAUAUUUUUUGAAGAUCCUGAGCAGAUCCCAUUUAGUAAAUGUUGUAAUAGUCCUAUUCAAGUCGAUUUGUAAGAAUCUGGGGUUGGUAUGAUUGUCUGUAAUAAUGCUUAAUGUUAAGAAAAUAUAUUGGUUUAGUUUUUAAUUAGUUUUGAUGAUUCUGUUAAAUUGUGGAAACAUAAAAGAAUAUUUAAGCAAGCUUCAGAAAGAGAUAACUAUAUGAGGAUGAAAAUUUCUAAUAUGAUUUCAACUGGGAAAUACAAACAUCAUAGUUUGAAGAAAGAAAUUGAAAAGGCUUCUUAAGAAAUAACUUAGAUUUUUACUUAUUAAGAAUGGCAUGAUAAUGAAAAGAAAGAAAGAUAUAAUAAAUAUAACAACAAUUAUUUAGAUUAUAAUAAAACAGAAUAAAUAUAAAAUAAAUAUUAAGACGAUUUAAUUAAUUAGUAAUAAUAUAACGAUUUAUUUAUGACUAAUCUUGAUGGAGUAGAUUCAAAUAAUCAGCCUUAAAACUACAAUUUACAAAAUUCUAAUUAAUAAGAUCUCUACACACUGAAUGAUGAACUUGAUCAAAUAGAUUAAAUAAAUGCUAACAUCCAAAAAAAUUUUAUUUAAUAAAAUGAACUGAAUAGUUACAAGCAAAAGUUAAGUUAAGGUUUAGUGUAAAAUAGCACAGUGUUCAAUAAAAACUUUUAUUCUUAUAUAACUAAUUAAAAUAGUAAUUAAGGAUUAUUCGAUAAACAAAAUAGUAAAGUAAGGAUGAUUAGAAAGCCAAGACUUAUUAAAUCAUCUUAAAUUCCUGUUAGAAAAAUUUAGAAAUUGAAAGAAUAAUAACAGCAGCUAAUGUCUGUUAACUUGCAAAAUAACUUUAUGCUAUCUCAAGAAAAUUAAAAUAACUAAAAUUACUAAACUAAUAAUUGA